AUUAACUUUCGAAAAGCGUAACAUAACAAAUAAAAAAAGGACGGAGGGAGUACCACAAUAUUAAAGUGCAUUUUCAUACAUUUAUUCUAACUUUAAUUUAGGAUAAUACGAUUGAUAAAUCUUUUUUACUUUCCUAAAUUUUGUACUCAAAUCAAGAAAGAUUAUUCUUUUUUAAACGGAAUGAGUAAUAUCGAAAAUUUUUGGAAGUUGACAAAAAAAAGAAAAAAAGACUAAAAUAAUUAAAGGGCAUAAAAUCCAAGCAAGUAUAAAAUAAAAUAAAUGAAAUGAAUCUGAUAAAUGUAAAUAGACAAUCUGAUCCAGCAAUGCAUUAAUUAUAAAAUUAUAAUAGGGAAGUUGGAGAUCAUAUAUAAAAACCCCUUUUAGGAGAUCUCCUUCCUCUUCACAAACAACUACUUGACACACAAAUUUAUUUGUUAGUUCUUAUUUUUUGGAAGAGAAAGAAUGGGAAGUGGUUAUUUUGGUGAACCAAAGUUGGGAAAUGAAAGAUCAUCAUCAUCAUCAAGAAAGAGCAAAAAGAACAAUAAUUUAGAGAAGCCAAAACAACCACAAAGAGGUCUUGGUGUUGCUCAACUUGAGAAAAUUAGAUUACAUACUCAAAUGGGUUGCAAUACUUACAACCCUUAUUCAUCAACUCCAUCAUUCUCAUCAUAUUCAUCAUCAACCUCUUCUUAUGCUUUUACACCACAACAAACCAUUAUGAUGGGAUUGGGGGACAUUGAAAGAGCAAAUAUUAGAUAUGGAGAUUCCCAGCUACCUUCUACACCUAGUGCUUGGCAUCCUGGCACAGUGUAUGAGCCUCAUCAAUUUGCUCAGCCAAACAUGAACAGAUAUCUACUUAACCUACAAAUAGAGGAAUCAAUGGAGAAUCGAACCAGAAAUAACUCAAUUGGAUCAAGUACUAGUCAUAUCUCUGAAUCAAACGGCGACCAUGAAUUAGAUUUGGAGUUGAGGCUUUCAAUUUAAUUAAUAACAACAACUCUGUGUAUGGAUGAUCAUCAUGUUAUAAGCGUAUAGACUUUAUGUAGAUUUUAGAGUAACAUUUCGCUUCGUUUCUUAACAAAAAUUUAUGGAAAUUUGUUACUCUCUUCUGGAAUAAUUGAAGGGAGUUCACUAUCAGAAAACAUGUUGCACUUGCUUGAUAGUAUUUCAUUAGGGUAUAUAUGGAUAAUAUAGCAAAUUAAACAUCUAACAAUU